AUGAACAAACAAAGACAUACAAAGCAGCCACAGGAGACAAACUCCUGCGAGCUCGUCGUUCGUCUACCAGAGAGCUUUGAGCAGCAGCAGCAGCAGCAGCAGCAGCGGCAACUACUGCUGCAGCAAGUGCCGCACGAACAAAGGGCUGCUACUCGCCUUCCGCAGAGCUGCUUCUAUCGCUCCGCCUAUGAUGGUGGUGAUGCAGGUGCUGCUGCAGCAGAAGCAGCAGCAACAGCUGCAGCAGCAAAAGAAGCAGCAGCUGCUGGCCUUGCAACAGUAGCUUCAUCAGGCCCAAGAAAGCAGCAACAGAAACCGCAGCAGCAGCAGCUGCAGCAGCAACUAGGAGUAUCUGCUGCAUUGAAGCAGCACUCCUCUGGGCGCCCCUCUGGGGUGUCUACUCAGCACAGUAGUGUGGGGCCCCCAUCAACUCGUCAGCAGCAGCAGCAGCAGCAGCAACAGCAGCAGCAGCAGCAGCAGCGCAGCAGCAGGGGGGCCCCACGCCAGAAGAGAGAUGGGAAUGGAGUACGCAGCAGCAACUUUCAGCAGCAGCAGCAGCAACAGCAGCAGCAGCAGCAGAUGCGGAGGGCCUCGCCUUCUCCCUGGGGCCGCUCGCCUAAGAGCCUCGCGACUGACUGUGCUUUUGCUGCUGUUAAUAGCAGCAGCAGAGACACCUCAGCAAACCGCAUGCAAUCUGCUUCUCUGUGGGCCCUAAGAAAACAACUAAAUGCAUUUGUAUAUAAUCAAGGAGACACACAGCUGCUGCACACGCCUCUGCAAGACGCUGCUUCUACAGCAGCAGCAGCAACAGCAGCAGCGCAUGCAACAGCUGCAGCAGCAGCAGCAGCAACAGCUGCAGCAGCAACAGAAACAGCACCAGCACCAACAAGAGACAGUAAAGAGAAGAGACGCCUCCAUAAAGAAGCAAUUAAACCACCGCAGGGGGAGGUAAAGGAGACAGACACUGAAGCGCAGCAGCUCCAGCAGCAGCAGCAGCAGCAGCAGCAGCAGCAGCAGCAGCAGCAGCACCAGAGACAGCAUAUUCAAGCCCCAAGCUCCGGCUUCCCCAAUCCAACAGAUAUUCCGCAGCAGCAGCUCCAGCAGCAGCUGCAGCAGCAGCAGCACCAAGAGCAGCAGCAGCAGCAGCAGGAAGAGCAGCGUAAGCGAAGUGUUUAG